AACAAAAAUUACGCUAUAAAAUAACCGCGACACGGCUCUUCUUUUUCUUUUUUAUCUCUUUCACUAGAAAAUGAGUCAAGAGUUGCCAGUUCAUAUUGCCCAAGCAACACCAUCGCCAACCAAAGAUCAAGUCUAUCCAGAGCCAGUCAUCACCGUAACACCGGAAAAACCGCAUGCUUACGACGAUGAUAUUUCUGUACCUAUGAAGCCCCAAGCCUAUGACGAGUCUAUAGAGCCAGGACCACCUUCGUAUCCUGUUAUGAAGCCAAACGCACCUGAUCCUGGUUACAGUUUGAAGGACAAGCCAUUGCCGGGAAGUCAAAGUCCUGUAGAGCAACGUGGUCUGAUACAAGCCAAAAAUUCCACUCGAUCGGCGCCGAUGCAGUAUACUCCCGAAGUGGGUAGUAACAUAUCCCAAGUGAUGGAAGAAGAGGAGUCGAAGGGAGCAUUUUUCGAGUCGAUGCAACGAAAGUUGUCUAAUAAGUUUACAAGAGAUCCCCUGAACAAUCCACCCGAGUUCUUUGAUCGCCAAGCUCAGUUCUCUACCCCUCCACAGCCUUUUGCUACUUUUUACAUACGCAGUCUGGGUAAACAUCUCGAAGACGGGUUUCCAAAAGCAUUUCCUAGCGCACAGCUUGGCUCACACGAUAUUCGCGCAAAGGAAUGGAAGCAGUUUCUGGACGACUUGGCAUUUAUGGGCAAGCUGUCUGGAGGUCAAAAAGUGGUCUCGUCUGUAUUUCCUGUCACACGCUAUGUGGGCUUUAUCGGACAUACGCUUACCACGGUGAUUGAGAACGGGUUGAUGAAAGGCACGCUUGGGAAAGUCGCGAGUUUAGUGGAUAUCUGGAAUGCUGUGUUCUUCCACCAACGUGGCGUAAAUGUCGUAUUAAUCCAAGGUACAUCAAGAAUCAGUGGGCCACCCAUGGAAGACGAUCCAACCUUCUUUACCACACCAUCUUUGCCACUCUAUGGCUCAACACCACAGAUGAUGAGCGAAUAUCCACCCUACUCACCAGUCCCUCAGUAUCAUCACCCGCAAGCAUCUCAAAAUGACCUUGAUCGAGGAAAUUCUCUCUCAUCCUCCCAUUCAUCUCAAUCGUCUCAGUCAACGGGGCUAUCAUCAGGAAGCCAGCAUAAAUCGCCAGUUUAUAAUGAGUCGUAUGGGCACAUCAGCUCGCCUGAAGGAUCUUUUGGUCAACGUGAUCAACAGCCAUCAGAACCUUCACCCACGUUUGCACAACCACUACAACUGACAGCUCAGUCGGCUGCGCCAUAUGGGCAAUCUCAGCCAGCUCCAUAUGGACAAUCGCAACCACCUGCUCCAUAUGGACAAUCACAACCAGCGCAACAGCCUGCGCCGCAUGGCAUAGCGUCGCCAAUCCUUUCACAUAUGCAGAACAUAUCAUCGCCGUUCGGCUACAACCAAAGUUUACAGCCAAGACAUUCUCAUCAUCAUCAUAAAUGGGAGCGCCGUGAGGAGAAGAAAGAUAAGAAGAAGAAGAAAGACAAUUACUAUGUGAUGGUGGAGUAUCAACCGAUCAUGUCACCAACAGCCAUGCCACCCAUGAUGUGAAGUCGAGGUCGCCCUGCGUGUUCGUGGAUACUUAGAUAAUCUGUAUUAAUUUCACCCCCCCCCCAUUCUAUGUACCAUUAUUCUCCCCACUAUUCAUAUUUUUCGCAUACCAUAUUUGAGGGGAAUGAUUCCCGGUUUGACAGACAGAGAAUGAAACGUUAGAACAAAUAAACAAAAAGAUAUCAUGACGAUGUAAA